AUGACGGCGCUGGCGCGGCAGCAUGCCUCUUUUGCGCUGUAUCAGGGCCGUGGGCCACCGGGUACGCAGGAUGUGGACGUUGGCACGCACGUUCUUCAGGCGUUCCGGGCGUGUGAGUCGGUGUCGAUACCCAUCUAUGAUAAGAGUGCUCAUCGAGGUGCGGGGGACCGGCAGAGGGCGUGGCGGCAUGUACAAGGCGAGGUGGAUGUUGUCUUGUUCGAGGGAUGGUGCCUAGGCUUUCCGUCGAUGCCAUUUUCGGAGCUGGUGCGAAGGUAUGACCAGGGGCGAGCUGCGUCACCGCGGCCCGAGUAUGCAGCGCACCCGCUGGAAGAGUUGCAGCUGAUGAACCGCCACUUGGCUACGUGGGAGCAGGCAUGGUAUCCCCUGAUCGAUGCGUUCGUUCAGCUUGUGCCAGUUGUUGCUGAUCCCGAAGCGAGUCCGUGGUCCCUGGUGUACCCGUGGCGCCUGGAAGCGGAGCAUGCCAUGAAGCAGCGGAAUGGCGGGCGCGGCAUGUCAGACGACGAGGUGCAUGCGUUCGUGCAGCGGUACAUGCCGACGUAUGAGCUAUUCAGCCGCACAGCAGAUACGAGUCGGUGGAAAGAGCACUGUAUGAUGCUACGGAUUGGUGCAGACAGACAAUGCAUAGACGCAUAG